CUCCAACGUAUAUCUUGCUGUUUGUUGGCACAGUAGGGUUGGGCAGGAUGGGGUGAGAAGGGAAGGAAAAACAAAAGCAAGGAGCUCAUUGGGGAGACAAAACAGCUCCAACCGCUAAUCGUGGUUGGCAUCAAGCUGAAGGCAGGAGGUUACAUGGCAACCCACAGGAAGGGGGUUACAGAAAGGAAGUGAGGACACUGCGGUUGCCUCAGGAGAAGCUGUGAGCCCCUGGGGAGCCUGCAGAAGAGCAGGGCUGUGGGACGGGAGACCCCGGAGGCAACAUGGAGCUCUUCCACCUGGGCACGGUGCUGCUGCUCCUGUUGCUCCCUGGCACCGCGCUAGGCCGGGACAGCUGUGAUGCGCUGUCUCAUGGGGACAAGACCAAGCAGUGCUGCAACAUGGCGGUGGAGCCGGAGGCGCGUGGUGAGAGCCAUGGCCUGGCCCUGGAGCUGCCCCACCAGUGCAUGGAGCUGCGGCACUCAGGCCAGCCUGCCUGCCGCUGCCUGCGGGCACGCUGGCUCAGAAUGGUGCAGUUUGCAGAACAGAACAGCACAGCUGGCCUGUGGGCGCUGCACCUGAACGUCAGCGGGGCCGUGGCCCAAGGCCUGCUCCUCGCAUUCUCCCCUGCUGAGGGCCCCGCAGUGAUCAGCUCAGCAGAGGAGGGGACAGCAGGCACAAUCCGGCUCCCCAGCGGGGUGUUCCCAUCCCCGAGCGGCCAGGCAGUGCGCGUGGUGGUGACUGUGCUCAACAUCCAGCAGCUCGCCAUGUUCCAGGAGGACAACCAAAUGGGAAAGGUCCUGGAUGACACCGUGGUGGGCAUCGUGGUGGGGGAUGGAGACAUCUCAGGGCUGCAGGACCCCGUGCAGCUCACCUUUCCCUACCAGCAGCUGCCACACGUAAGGCUUGCCCUCCCCUCCCUGUGCCUCCUGGUGAGGUGCAGGCUCACAUCGUGUCCCUGUUUGCAGAAUGUCACCCCUCUAUGCGUCUUCUGGGAACCUAGCAAAGGGCAGGCAGGAGGCUGGAGCAGCCACGGAUGUGUCACACAGCCCGGGGACAAGGAGACAGUCUGCUCCUGUGACCACCUCUCCUUCUUCACCCUCCUCCUGAACCCAUCUCUGGACAGGUCCACGGCACAGACGUUUGUGGCCGUGGCCAAUGCUGGCUGUGGUGUGGCUGUGGCUUUCUCCAUCUUCACCUUUGCCUUCUACAUCUUCUUAAGGUGCUGUUACAAACAGUUCAGGUCCGAGGACACCCUCCGCAUCAACCUGGGGCUGCACAUGAACCUGGUCAGCAGCCUGCUCCUGCUCAACCUGGCUUUCCUGCUCAACAGUGGGCUCUCCAGCAGAGCCCCUCUGGGGCUGUGCAGUGCCCUGGGGGGGCUCACCCACUACUGCCUGCUCUGCUGCUUCACCUGGACAGUACUGGAGGGCUGUCACCUCUACCUCCUCUUUGUCAAGGUCCUCGGCACCUACAUACACCACUACCUGCUGAAGCUGUGCAUUGUCGGAUGGGGCUUCCCUGUUCUGGUGGUGGGGGUGGCAGGAGCCAUUGGCAGCUAUGGAAAAUACAGCAUCAGGACAGCAGACAACCAGACCAUAAUCCACCUGUGCUGGAUCAAUUCUGAACACCUCCUUGUCCACUACAUCACAAACUGCGCCUACUUCGGCCUCAUCUUCCUCUUCAACACCAUCAUCUUCGGGGUGGUGGCCUGGAAGAACUGCCACCUGUGGAGGAGUGGGGUGAUGCAGGGGCACUGCAAGGCCUGGAAGGUGGUCCUGUCAGCGAUAGGACUCUUCUGCCUGCUUGGAGCCACCUGGGCACUGUCCUUCCUCAGCUAUGGCAGCUCUUCCAAGUUCAUGAUCUUUCUUGCUGCUAUCCUCAACUCCCUCCAAGGUGUUUUCAUCUUCAUCUGGCUGGUUGUCCUCUACUACCCAAGGGUGGAGGAGACCAGCAGCUCCCUCUCCCACAUCGUGAGGAAUGACAAAACCAUGGCUGUGUCACAGGGAUAGCUGCUGGGCCUUCCCUCUCCGCCUGCCAGCUUCCAGCCCAAAGGACAUGGCUUCCCGUGAGAGCAAGGGCUGCAUAGGCAGCUGGGCACCCUGGCUGACCAGCAUGGUCCCUGCUCUCACCCAUGCCUCAUUUUAUUCUUUGGUGGGUGUGAUCUGCCCUAGCUGCCCUUUGGCUCCUGGGGACCAGUUUGGUCCAGGGAGCUCCAGACACCCUCCUCCCUACUGUGUGCCCUCGGAAGUCUCAUUCCUCAGUGCCUCCUGCUGGAAUCUGCAUGCAGGCCAUCUGCAUUCAUCCUACAUGGAGACAUCCCCUUACCCCAGCAGAAGAGAGGGAAUUGGGUGCUAGAUCAGCCUGGAGAUGCACAGCCAGCUGCACCCUGAGCUACACCAUCCCCUCUACACUGUAUGUGAGUGUAUGCGCAUCAGCUCAGCCUCUCACAGAGAACUGCUGUAUUGGCCAAUCCACGUCUGUGUUUUAGCAUUAAAACUCUGCUAGCUAACUAACAUUAUGGAUUUCGCCUUUGAUGUUUACAAGUGAACAAUAUUUAUAAUUUUCUUCUCUUAGAUCUAUUGGUGAGCCAAAAUCUUUCUAGCAAUUUGCUGUCAUGCAGGGGGAA